AGCCUUUGCAGCAUCUGAAGGAGUAACAACACCAUGAGGCAACUGGUGACAUUUUUGGUCAUUUUUUCCGCUUUUUUCUCUGUCCAGGCACAGAUGAAUAAUGAGAUCUGUUCUAUGCGUAAAAAUGAAGGAACGGCUGCUGAGGGAAUCCAACCCAUGGUCUACUACUACUAUGACAACGUCACAGACCAGUGUGAUCCAUUUAUGUUCUAUGGAGCCGGUGGCAAUGCUAACCGCUUUAAUGUUGAAAAGUACUGCAUGAGAAACUGCUCAAGCAGUGGAACGGCUUUGUACCCAAUUGAUGAGAGAGAGGCAUGUCACUUCAAAAAGGAAGUCGGAAAAUGUCUGUCUAAUUACCUGCGGUAUUAUUAUGACCCCAUCCAUCGGAAAUGCAAGACGUUCUUCUGGACCGGUUGCGUCGGGAACGGCAACAGAUUCCUGGACAGUCAAGCCUGCAACAAAACGUGUUACGGGAUCGCAGAUCCUGGUGAGGGCCCUGAGGAAGAUGAGUAUGACACACCAGUUGCACUGAUUUUGGGAGUGGUCUUUGGUCUCGUUGGAACUGCCAUUCUUGUUGCCGUUAUAGUUCUUGCUCUAAAGUCAAAGGAAAAAAGGAAAAAGGCCCCCAAAGAAGACACAGCGAGACAGGCCAUGCAGGGCGACGAAGACGUGGAGACAGCACAUUAAUGCUCAUUUCUCACUGGACUGAACAUCUGGAUUGGGGGCAAAAGGUUAAAUGGUUUCUGAAUCUGCAUUGAACCCAUGUCCCACAACUACCAUUGCCUAAACAACAGCAUUUAAUUAAAGGUGUAGGUUUUUGAACAUUCUAACAUAAGAUUCCGUUACGCAACAAUUGAAGGUUCUAAAAUUCUAUGUUGAAUUCAAUGAACCCAGAUAUUCUUUAGAACGUUCAUUUCCCAACAUUCCCGUCACACCGGUGUGACGGUACUCUUUAAGGGUUAAUUCGGAACUAAACUAAAUUUUUAAGGCUACCAUUUGAACUGAGCUCAGGAUUAGUGAUCAAAUUGGACCAUGAUCAUUUUAAAAAGUGUUGUUUUAACAUUUCAACAUUACUUUUGUAAAGGUUAGUUUGGUUUAAUUCAGCUUGUCUUAUUUUGUGUGUAAUGAUGUUUUUAAUCAUGCAGGUGUGAAGCCCUUGACACUUUUGUUUAGAACUAAAUUAACAUUUUGAGCGUUCUAUUACUUGGAUACAAAUGUGUGUGUUUUUUUUUAUUAAAUAAAACCAGAAACUAUUUUUCAUUACAGUGAAGGGCAAGGAUUUUUUUAAUUAAGUGACUAGAGAAACACCAUAACCAGUUGCUUUGUGCAUUGGCUUCAUUAACAUGUGAUAUAGAGUGUCUCUUUUAUGUGUUUUUUAAGUGCUUUCUCAUUCUUUCCCAAUAAAUGUCACGAUACCACCUCAA